CAGAGCCCAUCCCAUUUCUUUCACACUGCCUUGGAGCAAAUAAUUAGGGGCUUACAAAAAGUGGCAGGACUGAGGCUGAGAGGGCAGAAGGUGCUGUUGUUCUCCCGCAGACAGAAUCUAAAAUAUUCUCGAAUUCAAAAGCUAUAUUCUUUUUUCUUGUGAGAAGGCUCUACGAUGUCUCUGAGAGGUGAUGUGUGUGUGGUGACGGGAGCCUGUGGAUUCCUGGGAAAGAGGCUGGUGAGGCUGCUGCUGGAGGAGGAGAAGAUGGCUGAGAUUCGAUUGCUAGACAAACAUGUACAGCCCGAGUUUUUACAGACUCUGGAGGAUUGUAGCAGCAACACCAAACUGAGUGUUUUUGAGGGAGACAUCAGGGACAGCGAUUUCGUGAGACAAGCCUGUCGAGGUGCAUCACUUGUCUUCCACAUUGCAUCCAUCAUUGAUGUUAAUGAGUCGGUGGAGUACACUGAGAUGUAUGGUGUCAAUGUCAAAGGAACGCAGGUACUUCUGGAGGCAUGUAUUCAGGAAAACGUGGUGUCCUUUUCUACACCAAGCACCAUUGAGGUGAUGGGACCAAACCCCAGGGGCGAACCCAUAAUUAACGGCAGCGAGGACACAAUUUAUGACUGCGCUCUGAAGUUUUCCUACAGCAAGACCAAAAAGGAGGCUGAGCAGAGAACCCUGCUGGCCCACGGCGAGGUACUGCAAAACGGAGGCCGACUGGCCACCUGCGCCCUCAGACCUAUGUACAUCUUUGGGGAGGGCUGCCGUUUUCUGCUGGGCCACAUGGGCGAUGGGAUACGAAACAAGAAUGUUCUGUUUCGAAUGUCUGUACCAGAGGCCCUUGUGAAUCCUGUCUAUGUGGGUAACGUGGCUGUGGCUCACCUGCAAGCAGCCCGCAGCCUCAAAGAUCCACAAAAAAGAAAUGUUGCCGGAGGAAAGUUUUACUUCAUUUCUGAUGACACACCACCUGUGAGUUACUCAGACUUCAACCAUGUAGUGAUGUCACCUUUGGGCUUCCACAUUCAAGACAAACUCAUGGUGCCACUCUGCCUCUUCUAUGUGUUCUGUUUCUUUUUCGAGAUUGUGUGCAUGAUGCUCCGGCCUUUCAUACGCAUUGUCCCACCACUGAACCGGCAGCUCCUCACCAUGUUGAACACACCAUUCACCUUCUCCUAUCAGAGAGCUAAGAGGGACCUGGGAUACAACCCCAGAUACAGCUGGGAGGAAGCACGCAAACGCACCACUGAAUGGCUCGCCUCACAGUUGCCAAAAGAGAGGAAACGAAUAAUAGCUAAAUAAUCAAUGAAAAGAUAUAUGUGCUAUGUCAACCCUGUUGUCCUAGAAAUCACAUUUAUAUCUAACUAUAAAUGGAGGAAUUUACGGUUAAAUAUACAUCUGUCUGUCUGUCUGUUGAUUUUCUCAACAACCAUUCAUCUGAUCAACUUCAAACUUCACAGGUGUAUAGCUGAGGAUCCAAGGAAGUGCAAUGUUGCCUGUGAGGUUUUUUGGACAAGCGAGCUUGAGAAAGCUUCGGACAUCAUUUUUCUACAUGUUACCUGACUUUAAGAAAAAGGUGGCACUACACUGUGUGGGCUGUGCAGCACCUGGAUUAAUACAGGCCAAGCAAUAAGCACCCACCAACAGGCACAUUUUUACUGGGCACUGCAACAGCACAUAUCUUUUAAAGAGGUUGCAUUUGCAACCAGAUUAAGUUUUCUAGUAACAUAAUGUUGACUCUCAAGGUAUUAAUGAUCCCAUAAAAAGAUUAAAUGCCACAAGUCAGAACUGAAGAAGUCUCUUGGAUGAAAGGUAAAAUGUUGUCAAGACCCCCAAGCAUGUCCAGUUGCCUUAAUAGCAUGUAGUAUAUGUGAUACAAGAAGCUGUUCAAAAACAUGGCGACCAUCACUAUUUAAGUUUCUUAAAGGCAGUGUGUGUGGAAUUUGUAUUUUUGUUUGUUUUGGUUUUGUCUCUAAUAAAUUUACCAAGUCUUAUUAUUAUUAUUAUUAUUAUUAGUUCAUGUGAUAACUCCACUAGAAGGUUUAAGUGUAAUCAACUGCAUUCGCUCUUUGUUUUGUCAGUGCUUUUAUUCUUUAAAGAUACUUAUCUCCGCCUCAGGAGAGAAGACUGAAGUUGCUGAAAUGUAGAUGUAGUUGUAGGUUUGACUCAUGAAAGUUCAGCAUCACCUGCUGUUCAUGUACUGUAUGGCUAUGUAUGUAUAUGUACUAUUAAAGUUCAUGGGGAAAACAAGAAGUGAGGUCACUGUAACAAACACACCAAACUCUGUAUAAUCUUUAUAAUUCCUGAUAUUGUGUGUAAUUGUUCUUUGAGGUUUCAACCAAACAGACUCUUGGAACGAUA